AUGUUCCUUAUUUAUUUUUCAUUUAGAUUCCUUAAAUAUAAAAAUUAUUGUGUUUUACCAUAUGUUAAGAGGAGUUCUAUGGAAAAUAGUUUGGAAAUACUUGAUCGAAUCACCUUAAUUAUACAUAUAAGUGAAAAUUAUCUGGAUCACAGGCUCAUUGAACAGGUGGAAGCAUGGGAUGGUCCAGUUACACUUGCCAUAAUUAUACCUUCUUUCAAUAUUUUCGAUAAAAUUCGAAAUGUUCAAAUAAAAUUGCUGCAUCUUCCUGUAAAUGUUCUGGAAAAACUUAGCGCGCAUAUAAUAUUUGAAUCAAAUAUUUCAUGCACGACGAAUUCCGUGAAGUCACUUAAUGAUUUCACAACGAUAAGCAAAUAUCCAAUAAAUAUUGCCCGAAACAUCGCAAGAAUGUUUAUUCCUUCCAAAUAUGUUAUCAUUGGUGAUUACGAAUUUAUAUUUUCACAAAAUUUCGAACAAAAAAUGAGGCCAUUAGCUAAACAAGAAUUCACCAAAAAUCCAAAAAGUGUUCUCGUAUUUCGAACUUUUGAAAUAAAUGAAAGUGUUGUUAGAUUACCACGUGAUAAAUCAGAAUUGAAAAAAUUGUAUUCUCAAGGGCUCGCAGUUCAGUUUCAUGCUAAAUUUAAUCAAGGCGGCCAUGCAAUACCCGAUUUGCCCAAAUGGUUCAAUUAUCCAGAAAAUAAUCACACUAUUAUUAUCGAUAAAAUUUUGAAGUUUGAUCGACACGGGUGGGAACCACAAUUUAUUUCGCUGAAUACGAUCCCAUUUCACGAUGAAAAUUUUCCUUAUUCAAUUCGCGACAAUACUGUCUUGCGCUGGGAAAUGUGUCGACAAAACUACACUUUUAUGCUAUUAAACAAUGUUUUUAUGAUGCAUAAAGGAAUCAAAACAGUUGAUGACAUACCAAAGGUGAAAGAAAUGCAAUCAAAGGUGAAAUCACAAUUCAUUACUGCUUUGGCCUUAUUCAAUAAACGCAUGGAUGAUGAAUAUCCUGAGACAAAACGAAACUGCCCAACUUUUAGAGCAUAA